GAUGGGACUGCACUGGAGCACGACUUUGAUUUCUCCCACAUGCGGCAGACUAGUAUAGAGAGAGCGUUUGGCAAGGCGAAGAUGACUAUGAAGGUCUUCCGGCAACGCAAUGCCCUGGCUAGCCUGUUUGGCAAUUCAUGUAAGGAAAUUGGAGACACCCCCGUCGGGUUGAGACUGGAGCCUCUUGAGACUAGGACUAAUCUGGAUGGAGAACUCAUCCUAUCCCACGUCCACCACGGUGAAGACUCUACUAAGAGGAGGAAGCCUCCAUCGGUCCCCCGCCCUGUUGUCAAGGUGCGAUGUAGACUGCGUGCCCCAGCGGAUAGGGCCUCUUGGCUGACCAUGGACGAGUACGCCUACUGUGUGUUGCCAACACCUCUACCGCCGACUAUCAAAGGCUAUGCUGAGGGCAAUGGGGACGAGGAGAAGGAGGAGGAGGAAGGGCCAGAGGGUACGGAAGUUAGACCAGCUACUUAG